GUGAGGGCAGUAGUGCUGGGGACAAUGUGGGUGAGGUGCAAGGCACAAGUGAUUCUAGAGUUAGAAGAAAGAUGACUUUUGUUGUAGACAGCUCUAAGUCUGUAGAGACACAACCCAAUCCUGGUUUCAAUCUUGGUGAAGAAGAUGAGGAUUCUGAUGGAGAUGUUGCACCAAAGGGUUCUAUUCCAGCAGAUGAGCUAGCACAAGUAACUAGGAUUCCAAAAGUGAAGGACAGUUGGAAACCAUCAAAAUGGUUUGAUUUUUUUGAUGAUGAAGAUGAUGAGGAUUGGUGUAGAUGGAACCCACCUCAAAGGUAACUAUGGGGGGGUAUUGCUCUCUGCUGUGGGAAUAGAUGGCAAUAAUGAGAUCUUCCCCAUAGCAUAUGUUGUAGUUGGCCAAGAAGACAAGCAGUCAUGGACCUACUUCUUUUGGCAUUUGCUGAACAUUGUAAAAGAUUCAUCAAGAGAGCAUUGGACUAUUAUUUCUGAUAGGCAAAAGGCAAGUGUUUGUUGCUUUUUUCAAAUUUUCAUUCUCUUUUUUUUUUAUAUGCAAACAUACAAAUGCUCAUGCUGUAAUCAUGUUUCAGGGAGUUGAACUUGCACUAGAACAAGUAUGGCCAAAAGCUAACAGGAGGUUCUGCUGUAGGCAUCUAAGUAGAAACUACAAGAAGCUAUUUCCAGGCCCUAUGAUGUAUGUUCUAUUCUGGAGAGCAUGCAAUGCUUCUUCAGCUUUCACAUUCAGGAAAGCUAUGGAGAAGUUGCAGAAAGCAGGAGGAGAUGAUGUCAUGACUUGGUUUGCAGAAUUGGGAGAGAAGUCUAAGUGGAGUAAGCAUGCAUUUGACCCAAAUGUUUGCAAUGACUCCAAUACAUCCAAUUUUGUAGAGAGCUUCAACUCUACUCUAGGGGUGAAUAGGUGUAGGCCUAUUUUGACUUUGCUAGAAGGAAUAAGGAGGGUAUGUAUGGUUAGAAUAGCAACAAGAAUGGAGAAUGCAAAGUCUUGGAAUGAUGAAGACAUAACUCCAAAAAUUGUGAAGCUAGUGAAAGAAAUAGGAAAAGCUUGCUCAAAAUGCAGAGUAUUCAAGUCCAGCCCAGGUGAAUAUGAAAUUCAUGAGGGAAGAUCACAAUUUCCUCUCAGCUUAAACAAGAAAGUUUGUUCUUGUGGGGCAUGGCAACUGACAUGUGUGCCUUGUAGGCAUGCCAUUAGGGCUUUCAUUGAUGCCAAGUUGGACCCACAUGACUUUGUCAGUUCCUGGUACUCUGUGAAGACUUAUAAGCAAGCUUACAGUGUCUGUAUCAACCCAAUUCCUGACACAGAGCAAUGGCCUGCAGAUGAGUCAGGUAGAAUCAUCAUGCCUCCUAAGAUGAAGAGGGGAAUUGGAAGACCAAGCAGGAACAGAAAGAGGGAAGAAGGUGAGGAGCAACCUGGAAAAAGGUCAAAAACAGUGAAAUGCAGCAAAUGUGGUUGCUUUGGGCAUAAUAAGACAAUCUGCAAGGGAGGCUUAACAAGAAAAGAUUUGAAGACAAAUGAGCCUGUUGUUAUCAAGAACCCUAGGGUCAGAGACCAAAGUAAUGCAGCUAAGGCAGCUAAGGCAGCAAAGCAAUCUGAAGCACUUGGAUCUCAGUCUGCAGCAACUCAACCUUCAGCAUCUCAAGCAGCAGCUUCAACUAAAAAACUAAGGGAAAGAAGGGCAGACCCUCAGCUGAGCAACAAACAGUGCUGA